AUGGCAGAAGAAUGGAUUACUAAAUAGAUUGAUAAAUACAUUAUUGUGAAUUAGAAGCUGGGAAGUGGGGCAUUUGGAACAGUGUAUAGGGGAUUUAAAAAAAAUGAUGAAACGAAGCAGGUUGCUGUAAAGGCAAUAUCAAUUGCUGUAAGAAAAUCAGAAUAACGAUUUUAGAGCAUCAAAGACUCAGCCAAGAUGGUAGAACACAUUAAAAGAGAGAUAUCUAUUUUGUAAUAGGCCAAUAAUCCUCAUAUCGUUAAAUUGUACGAUGUGGCCAGAACACCACACUAUUUGUAUCUAUUUUUGGAGUAUUGUCACGAUGGGGAUUUGAAGAAAUACUUAUCAACAAAAUAUGGCAGGAGAUUAAGUGAAGUAAAACUAUUUUAUAUAUAUUUUAAUUUCUCAGGUUGAGGCAGUCAUCUUUUUGAAACAUUUAGUUGAAGGAUUCCGAACACUUCAUUAGCUCAAAAUAAUACAUAGAGAUAUCAAACCUGCUAAUAUAUUGCUGCAUAAAGGUGUUGCUAAAAUUACUGAUUUUGGAUUCGCUCGAGUGAUUGACACUGGAAUGAAUGGUAAAAUAAGCAGUUAAAUCAUAUAGAUCCUGCCUAUUUUUCAAGAGUGGGAUCUCCCUUAUAUAUGGCACCUUAAAUAUUGGAGGGGUAACCGUUUUCUUCCAAAUGCGAUGUCUGGUCAAUGGGAGUGAUGCUAUAUGAAAUGCUAUACGGAAAACCUCCUUGGGACGGAGACAAUCAAUACAAUUUGUUACAGAAUAUCAAGAAAACUGCAUUGCAUAUUCCUGAUGCUCCUGUGAGGAGUGAUAAAAUUAAGCAAUUGCUAAAACAUAUGUUGGUCGUACAUGAGAAAGUAAGGACAUGGAGCUUAACUAUUUUUAGGAUAGAUAUUCUUGGGAAUAAAUUUUCAAUCACGAAAUCAUGCAGAUUUAGGAGGCAUAGAUAAAGAAUAAUUUGGAGUAGUUGAUGAAGGAGAAGGACGAGUUGUCACGUUCUGAGAGUCUCAAUAAAUUGUACAUGGAAAUGAAUCUGGUUGUCGGCUAUUUAGAUCAACCUGAAUAGAUUCUUUAAGAACCAUCAACUCCUCAAUUAACACAAGGGAGUGAAGAAAAACAAUCUGUUGAUGAUAUUAAUCACGAAAAAGUAUCACAUUUAUUUAUUACUAUAUAGGGGUUAAAAAUUAUUAAUUAAUAUGAGACUGAAUAAAAACGCAGAAAAGCGAUGUUGAAAUAUAACACUUACUUUUUGUUUGAAAGAAAUAUUGCUUUCUUCUUCAAUUACGUGAUCCAAAAAAUUAUCAAGAUGUCACAUCAAGGAAUACUCAAAUUGACUCAAGAAUUAUAUUAUUCAACAAUUUUUUGUAUCUCCAAAAAUCAAAAUGUGCACCUUAAAAGAAUGUAUGACUAAUUAAUGUCCACCAAUCCUGAUAAAUUUGAUAGGGAGACCUGGGGUAGGUACUUAAUCAGUCAAGAAUAUAAGAAAAUAUUAACUGUCACCAAAAAUGACAUUAAACAUACGGAAGAUUUCUAUUUGGAAAUUUAUAAGAAGGAAAAGCAAAUCAUUGAUAAAGAACUUACUUAACCUGAUAAUAAAAGGGCAUCCAAAAUUAAGUAAGUCUUGGAUGUUAACUUUGAUCAAAAUACUUUCUUCUAAUAACUUUAUCAAUCAGUCGUACAAGAAAGCUUAGACAUCAUUAAAUCUUCUAUUAAAUAAACUAAAGACUCUGAUCCUGUAUAUAAAGAUUUACUCUAAUUGGGAUGGUUUCUUGUGAUCUGUUUGAAUCCGUACUUAGAAUUUAAAGACAUUAAUAUGGAUUUUAAUUAAUUUUAUGAGGAAAUGCAAACACUCACAGAAGCAUAAUUUUUAGAAAAAAUUGGUAAACGUCUUGAUCUAUGA